CAGCUCGGGGGGGUGGCUUGCUGCGGGGGAGGGGAAGGAAGCUUUUCCGCCUCUCCUUCCUUCCCUGCCGACCAGCGGAUCGCGGUAGCCGGUGCGAGGCAGACGCCCGGUGCGUCCCCGGAGCGGGGAGGCCUGGCCGGGCAGCCCUGGGGCCGGUCGGGGCGGCGUCACUGCACCCUCCGCCAGGCCCCGCGGGAUGCACCGUGGGCGCCGAGGGCGGAGGCGACAUUCUCAGGUAAAUUGGCAAAAUGAGGAGCAGCAAGUCAAAAGAGGUGCCUUUACUAAAUCCAAGGAACUCUCAAAGCAAGGAUACUGUUCAAGCAGAUAGAACCACAUCGUGGGAUGCACUUUCUCAGACCAAGGCUGCUCUGAGGCACAUUGAAAACAAAUUAGAAGUAGCUCCUACAAGUACGGCUGUGUUUGAUUCUGUCAUGGAUGCCAAGAAGUCUUCUACAAGUGCUACCCGAAAAAUAAGUAGAAAAGAUGGUAGAUACUUGGAUGAUUCUUGGAGUAAUGCUCCAGCCUCCAAAUCUAAAUCAAGAAAAGAGAAAUCUCGUAGUCCUCUUAGAGCUACCACCCUGGAGAGUAAUGUAAAGAAAAACAAUCGUGUGGAAUUUCGUGAACCUUUGGCUUCUUACAGGGAAAUCCAUGGUACACCUUCCAACUUAAGUCCCAGCCAUGUAGAGUCAAAGCAUGUAUAUUGUAUAGAUGAUGUUAAUGAAGAUACGGUUGAGAGUGGUAACCAGAUGUUAUGCAAUCGAGAACAACAGACUAUACGUUGUGAUUUUGAGAGCUCUAAAUCAUCUGUCAUGAGUGACACGAUUGUUAGGUUUUUAAAUGAUCGACCAGCAAUUGAUGCAUUGCACAAUUCUGAAUGUUUAAUUAAAAUGGGAGCUAUGAGAACUGAAGAAGAAAUACCUAAUAGAGCAAAAAGAAAUGAUAACAAUUCAAAGCCUUCGGUGAGUCAGAUGGACCUUGAUGUUGAUCCAAAAGUGUUAUGGUUAACAGACUCAUCUCCGUCAUCUACAAGUACUUGUAAUUCCCAAAGAUUAGACAUUUUAAAGCGAAGACAACAUGAUGUCAAGUUGGAAAAACUCAAGGAGCGAAUUAGGAAACAGUGGGAACACUCAGAAGAAAUAAAUGGCCGGGGCCAGAAUCUGGGUCAUAUUAACCAUCCAGUAAUGGUUGUUAAUGUUGAUAGUUCAGUGACAGCAAAAGUCAGGAAAGUCGCAACAGCACCACCUGCUCCAACAUAUAAAGGUUUCAACCCUUCAGAGACUAAGAUUCGCACACCUGAUGGGAAAGUGUGGCAAGAGGCUGAAUUUCAGCACCUGAGUAGAGAACUGUACCGAGACUUAGCACUUCACCUUGCAGAUGAUACCUCUUUAAGAGAGAAACCUGCUGAAAAAAUUAAAGAGAAGAAAGUGGUCAAGCCAGUACGAAAAGUCCAAAAGGUAACACAGUUAUCAAGUCCAGAAUGCAAAACAGGGAAUAGUCAUCUGAUAAGCACCUCUUCUUGGCGAGAUGGACAAAAACUAGUAAAGAAGAUUCUGGGACCUGCACCGAGAAUGGAGCAAAAAGAACGAAGAACAGCAUCAAGUGACAGAAGUGGAAGAGAAAAAACGAAUAAAUCUGGGGCUCAUAUUGGAAGAGCAGAAUCCGAUCCUAGGUUGGAUGUUUCACAGAGACAUCUUCCUCGCAGUUCAGAACGUUCAAGAAGUAGAACUAGGUCUGAAAAUAAUAUAAAGAAAUCUGCACCGUCUCUUCUAGACAAUAAGCAAGAGGAUAAUGUUGCCUUAAACAAGGACUUUUUACCUGUUGAAAUUCGUGGAAUUCUUGAUGACCUGCAGCUGGAUUCCACAGCUCAGGCUGUGAGGCAAGAGACUGGAGAGAUACAGAAUCCGAAGUCAUCCACAUCUGUACCAGCUUCUCGGAGUCAUAGCCUAGUGAAAAGAAAACCUGACAGAAUAACAGCUAAUGAAGAUCCCCCUGUCAUUUCCAAAAAGCGCCACUAUGACACAGAUGAAGUACGACAAUACAUUGUUAGACAACAGGAGGAAAGGAAAAGGAAACAAAAUGAAGAGAAGAAGGCUCAAAAGGAGGCUACUGAACAGAAAAACAAACGUUUACAAGAGCUCUACCGGAAACAGAAAGAAGCCUUUACUAAAGCAAAAAAUGUGCCUCCAUCUGAUCCAUCAACAGCUAGGCGACUUCAGGAAACGUACUCCAAAUUGCUAAUAGAAAAGACUUUGCUGGAAGAGCCAGCCCAUCAACAUGUUACACAGGAAGCACAGGCAAGACCAGGAUAUCAGCCAUCUGGGGAAUCUGAUAAAGAAAACAAAGUACAGGAACGUCCCCCAAGUGCAUCUUCCAGUAGUGACAUGUCUCUGUCAGAACCACCACAGCCUCUUGCAAGAAGAGACUUGGUGGACCCUACAUGGAUGCAGCCUGACAGAUUGAGCCCACAAAUUCACAGUUCCCAACCACAGCCUCUUGUUGGAACAGCUGGAAAUUUACUCUCCCAUCUCUUGAAUUUAGAACAUGUAGGAAUUUUGCACAAGGAUUUUGAAUCUAUUUUACCAGCCAAGAAGAGUCAUAAUAUGGCUUCAGGACCAUUAAGUUUUACACCUCAACCGUUUCUGACCUCACCAGCUGUAAAUCCAGAUGCCUUGUUAAAACCUAGUGCCAGCCAAUAUAAGAGUAAACUGGAUCGUAUUGAAGCCUUGAAGGCAACAGCUGCUUCUUUGUCUAGCAGGAUUGAAAGUGAAGCCAAAAAAUUAGCUGGAGCCAACAUUAACUAUGGAUCAGUUUGGAACGCUGAGUUUGAUGUACAGCAAGCACCUCAAGAAGAUGGACCUUGGACCAAAGCUUUAAGUCCACCUGUAAAAGAAGAUACAGAAGAUGUUUUCUCGGCCCGAAUUCAAAAGAUGUUAGGAACCUGUGUAUCUCAUGCAACUUUUGAUGAUGAUCUUCCUGGUGUAGGCAACCUUAGUGAAUUUAAAAAGCUUCCUGAGAUGAUAAGACCUCAGAGUGCCAUAUCAAGCUUCAGAAUGAGAUCCCCUGGUCCCAAACCAGGAGGGCUGCUGGCACAGUUGUGUAAGAGACAGACUGACUCUUCUGGCUCUGAUGUACAAGCUGGUUCUCAAGAAAAAGCCAAAAGAUCUGUUGGCUCCAGCACAGACUCAGUUAGUGAAGGGCCUCUUCUUAGUGAAGGGAGUCUCUCUGAAGAAGAAGGUGGCCGGGAUAGACAGCCUCUUUUGAAGGUAGCAGAAAUUUUAAAAGAGAAAGAAUUUUGUGCUGGAGAAAAAAAUCCUUAUGAGCCCAUCAAAGAGUUUCAGAAGGAAGCUGAGAAAUUUUUGCCACUUUUUGGGCAUCUAGGUGAGAUGCAUAGCAAAGGACCAUGGGAAGAAUUGGCAAAGGGAAGCCCACAUAGUGUCAUUAAUAUUUUUACCAAAUCAUAUCAGCUAUAUGGAAAAGGAGAGAAAAGUAAAGCUGGUUUUGAAGACAGAUUAGAAAGAGGAACAUCAGCAUCCCAGCCUUUGAGUGCCCUCACAACCCCUUUAAGCAGUGUUUCAUAUGAAGAUGAUUUUGUCUCCUCUCCAGGGAGUGGAACUUUGACAGAAAAAAAGUCAGCUCUUGAAUCUAAUAUUAUUGGUAGCAAUUUAAGCAUUCAAGAGGGCCAUUCUAGCAGAAAACUUGCAUAUGAUGUUUCUUCUACGGAUGUUACUUCUCAGCACUCAUCAGGAGCCCUGUCUGUUGCAUCAUCUCAUUCAUCUACUUCGAAAGGAAAGAAGGGAAAAAAGGAAAAAAUGGAAUGGUUUGAUUCAUUCACUGGAAAUGUUCAGAACUUACUUGAUGAGGAAAAAGUGCAAUCUAGUUCAGAAGGUGGCUCCCAUCAAGGAAAGAAAUCUAGGACCAGUAGUAAACUUUCUGCUAAAGAUUAUGAGCAGAUUUUUGACACUGAAAGCACUUUAGAAGAACUUUCUGGGCAUUCUGUGAGUGGCUCAUCAGACAAGGGAAGAUCUCAGAAAACUCCAACUUCACCUCUAUCCCCAAGUUCUCAGAAAUUGUUACAGUGUGACCUUCCAGGGUCUUCAGUAGAGAGAGCUAAGUCUCCAGUCGUGAUACCUACAACUACAACAGGAUUGAAGUCCACUGCAGCUUUCACUGAUACAAACAAAACAGAGGCGGCUGCAACACCAGGUUCUAAGCGUUUUUCUCCUGCUGGCCUCCAGCAUCGUAUGGCAGCAGAACUCAAUUAUCUGAGUGCUAUUGAGGAGUCUGUGCGACAGCUGUCAGAUGUGGAAAGAGUUAGAGGCAUUUCACUUGCUCAGCAGGAGAGUGUUUCUCUGGCUCAGAUCAUAAAGGCUCAACAGCAACGUCAUGAGAGAGAUUUGGCUCUAUUGAAACUGAAGGCUGAACAAGAAGCUCUAGAGUGUCAGAGACAGUUAGAAGAAACUCGAAAUAAAGCAGCUCAGGUCCAUGCAGAAUCAUUACAGCAGGUGGUUAAAUCACAGAGGGAAGUGACUGGAGUCCUCCAAGAAGCAACUUGUAAAAUAGCAGCUCAGCAAACGGAGACUGCUUGCCUUACCACAGAUGCAGCUCGCCAGAUCUGUGAGAUGGCAGAAUUAACUCGAACUCAUAUCUCAGAUGCCAUCACUUCUUCUGGAGCUCCCCUAGUGACACUGUAUGACCACCAGCGGCACCACCUUCCAGACUUCAUGAAACAGCUUAGAACCAGAGCUGAAUCAGACAGGAUAAGUCAGUCUGUUUCAGUCUCUCAGAGUAAAGGAGGAACCAUUGAUUCAAAGCAUCAGAAAUAUUCCCCUUCAUAUGAUAACUAUUCUGAGUCUUCAAGAUACAAGAGUCAUGAUCGAAGAAGUAGUGGUAGCAGCUUUCAAGAAAGUCCUUCAGUUCCAUCUUGUAAGGAAAAUGACAAGAAAUUUCAUGGUGAAAAGAUGGAGAGUUCCAUUGAUGAACAUCUUCAGACUGCUGCAGAUGAUUCUUUGCAAAGUGAUAGCAUUCCAUCUCUUCCUGAUGAGAAAGAUUCAACUUCUAUUGCAACAGAAUAUUCUCUGAAAUUUGAUGAAUCCAUGACAGAAGAUGAAAUAGAAGAAAAAUCAUUUCGAUCUUUAUUACCUUCUGAGAGCCAUCGCAGAUUUAACAUGGAAAUGAAAAGAAGCCAUCAUGAUGACUCUGAUGAAGAAGCCUCCCCAGAAAAGACUGCACUGUCUUCUGCCAAGGAUCUGAGUAUGCCAUUCUCAGGAGGACAAGAUAGCUUUUCUAAGUUUACUAUGGAAAUGGUUCGACAGUAUAUGAAAGAAGAGGAAAUGCGUGCAGCUCACCAGUCUUCACUUUUGCGGCUCCGAGAAAAGGCCUUGAAGGAAAAAACUAAGGCUGAAUUAGCCUGGCUAGAACAUCAAAAAAAACAUCUAAGAGACAAAGGAGAGGAUGAUAAAAUGCCCCCACUCAGGAAGAAACAGCGUGGAUUGCUUUUAAAGUUACAGCAAGAAAAGGCAGAAAUAAAACGUCUUCAAGAAGCCAAUAAGGCAGCUCGUAAGGAAAGACAACUCAUUCUUAAGCAGCAAGAAGAGAUAGAAAGGAUCCGACAGACUACCAUAAAAUUGCAGGAAAAGUUGAAGUCUGCAGGGGAGAAUAAAUUGGACUCUCACAGUGAUGAUAAUGCAAGGGAUAUCAAGGCAGUUAGUCCUGGUCCUACAGAUAUAGAGACCCGCAGUCCUUCUCCCAUUUCAAUCUCCAGCAGUGAAACUAGCAGCAUCAUGCAGAAACUGAAGAAAAUGAGAAGCCGCAUGGAUGAAAAGUUUCUGACAAAGAGAGAGCAAAAACUAAUGCAACGGCGACAACAUGCAGAAGAGCUCUUAGAGUGGAAACGACGUUUAGAUGCAGAAGAAGCAGAAAUUCGUCAAAUGGAAAAACAGGCUUUGGCCGCCUGGGACAAAGAACUAAUAAAACCCAAAACUCCUAAGAAAGAACUGGAAAGCCAGAGAACAGAACAGAAAGACAUAGUGAGUGAAGAGGAAUCUCCAGUACCUUCCUAUUCUCACCGAAACAGUGAAAGCAGUAUUCCAGAAGAGCUAGGCAGCCCUGCUGUUCUGUAUAUGCCAUCUGAGGCAGGAGCACAGGAGCAGCCAGGGAGCCCAGAUCGUAGUGUACUUACUGAAGAAAUGGUUUGUUCACAGGAAUUAGAAUCUUCUACCUCUCCUAGUAAACAUUCACCUCCCAAAAGCUGCGCAUCUGUGUCAAAGCAGGACUCCAGCAAGGGAAGUCACAGGACUGGAGGACAUCGUCUGACUGCAAAGUCCCAUCAACACUGUUAUAGUUGGUCAGAUGAGUCAUUGUCUAUGACACAGUCAGAAACUACAUCUGACCAAAGUGACAUUGAAGGUAGAAUCAGAGCUCUGAAGGAUGAGCUGCGGAAAAGAAAAUCAGUUGUGGACCAGUUGAAGAAGGAACAGAAAAAAAGACAAAAGGAAAGACUAAAAGCCCAAGAGGCCAGUCUGCUCAAACAAUUAGAGUUAUCUAAAAAUGUCUUUUUUGUUGCCAUUUAUUGUUGUAUCAACAAUGUAUUUAUUUCUGCCCAAUUUUUCCACUUCAGAUCUGAAACAGUAAAAAACUGGAAGUCCCUAACUGAAUCAGAACGCUCUAGAGGAUCCUUAGAAUCUAUUGCUGAACAUGUUGGUUCUGACAGAUCAGUAUCAGAAAAGUCUUUGUCUGCCUACGCAAAGAGAAUGAUUGAGUUGGACAAUUUAACAGAGGAACAUUUGCAGACUUCAUAUUCAGUUCAUACAUCAUCAAGGAGUCCCCGAGCAGAAUCUGGAGAUUCUCUAGAAAAUGCACCUUCUCAUCCUUUCCACAAGGAAUUAAGUGUCCCUAGUAGAAUUCUUGGUAUGUCAGAUGCUACAGUUGAAGAAUCUGCUCAAAAAUCAGAAAUUCAAGAAGAAUAUACAAAAUUGGAGAAGAGUGAAAUUGAAGAUACCUAUUCUAAACAUUCUGGGAAAUCUGAUGUCCUACUAAAGCUUGAUAUGAAACCUGGAGACUCUUCUGAAAUUCUUUCCAGAAAAGAUCUCUCAGAUUCUGUAAAUGGUCCAAAUGAGUUGGUUAGAUUAGCCUUUGACAGUCUUCAAAGGAAAGAAGAAAUGUUGAAAGAUAGACAGUCAGAUAAAGAUGAGGAUCAUAGUCAAGACAACCAUUCAGGAAAAGACACUCCUGAACAAAAGAAUGAAAAGGAAAGGAACUCAUCCUUGUCAGAACAUCUCUUUGUUCCUAAAGCCUUGUCAGACUCUGAAGAUUUUGAAGUGUCUUCUUUCAAGAAAGAAAUUUCAGCUGAAUUGUAUAAAGAUGAUCCUGCAGUGUCAGCUUUGUUAUCUCUUCGGAAGGACUCUCAGACUUGCAGAGAUAAGUCAGGGUCAAGUAGGAGCUCUAGAAGCAGAGCCACUGGGUUUGGUAGUGAUGAUGAAAUCAGUGAGUGCUUAAGUGAGAAGAGCCUUUCCAUUCACAGCAAUGUCCAUUCUGAAAGGCUGUUGGAACUCAAGUCUCCUACUGAGCUGAUGAAAAAUAAGGAGCGCAGUGACGUGGAACAUGAACAGGGAGUUACUGCAUCUCUUUCCUUGGCUGCAGUUCAUGUUGCAGAUGAGUUACUUGAUUUCCACAUUGGUGAUAGGGUAUUGAUUGGCAAUGUUCAGCCAGGAACUCUUCGAUUCAAAGGUGAAACUAGUUUUGCUAAAGGAUUUUGGGCUGGAGUGGAGUUAGAUAAACCUGAAGGAAAUAACAAUGGAACAUAUGAUGGCAUUGUGUAUUUUGUGUGUAAAGAGAAGCAUGGUAUUUUUGCUCCUCCUCAAAAAAUAUCUCGAAUUGCUGAAAAUUUUGAUGAGUAUAUAGAAAUAAAUGAAGAUGAAGACUCUUAUUCAGAAGAACAAUAUCACUUUUAUAAUGAAGAACAAAAAUAUGUUGAAAUUCUAAAAGAUAGUGAAAAAGAUGCAGUUGAGUAUUUUUGUGAGAAAUCUCUACCUGGUAUGUAUGAUGGAGAAGCCUCAGUGGACAGAGAUAGAAGCCUUAAAAUAGAAACAGACAAUGUACGGGACAUUUCUGGAAUCAUUGAAGCCCAUGUUCACAAACAAUCCUCAGCAGAUUCACUGAUUUCUUUAAAAGAAAACAAAGACCUUGUUUCUAGUGCCAUAGAAAAGGUCUCCAUUGCUGCAGAAGAUGAUACUUUAGACAAUACCUUUUCUGAAGAAUUGAUAAAACCACAGCAACUUACAGAAAAAGAAGAAGAAAAUCUGUAUUCUGAAGUUUUGGAAAAGCCUUCUACCCCACUUCUGGAUCUUUUAACAAGAGAAAAAGAACAACUAGAAUCCCAACUGAGGUCAUCACUGAGUGAGGAAAAAAAGUCAAAGCAACAAACAGAAACAGUCAGCUUACUGACAGACUGUUUACUAAAAGUCUUUGUGAAGGAUACAGUUAGUCAACUACAACAAAUCAAGAAAACUAGGAAUGAGAAAAUCCAGCUUAGCAAUCAGGAGUUCCUUGAUGAUGAUCAAAACAAAGUACUACCCCAAGAGCCAUCUCAAAAUCUUGAGGAACAAUCAUCCAGUAUUCCAAGUUGCUUUUUAAGGUCUGAAUUAGAAGAUGAAAAAGAAGAGAUUUCCUCUCCAGAUAUGUGUACAAGACCUGAAAGCCCAGUGUUUGGUGCCAGUGGGCAGGAAGAACUUGCUAAAAGACUUGCUGAACUAGAGAUCAGCCGGGAGUUCCUGAGCACAUUAGGAGAUGAUCAAGAUUGGUUUGAGGAAGAUUUUGGUUUGAGUUCUUCUCACCGGAUUCAGAAAAAUAAAGCUGAAGAAACAAUUGUACCUCUCAUGGCAGAACCUAAAAGAGCACCCCAAAAGCCAACUGAGACAUUAUUGGCAGUCCCACAUACUUCAGAGGAAGUAGAAAUUCUUGUUCAUAAUGCAGCAGAAGAACUUUGGAAAUGGAAAGAAUUAGGCCGUGACCUUCAUAGCAUCAGUAUUCCUACAAAACUGCUUGGCUGUGCCAGUAAAGGUCUCGAUAUAGAAAGCACUAGUAAAAGAGUCUAUAGACAGGCGGUUUUUGAUUUAACAAAAGAGAUUUUUGAGGAAAUAUUUGCUGAGGACCCCAAUUUGAAUCAACCUAUCUGGAUGAAGCCAUGUAGAAUAAACUCUAGUUACUUCCGACGGGUGAAAAAUCCAAAUAACCUUGAUGAAAUCAAGAACUUCAUCGCAACUGAAGUACUCAAAUUGUUCAGUCUUAGAAAGGAGCCAAACCACAAAACAGAUUGGCAGAAAAUGAUGAAAUUUGGAAGAAAGAAAAGGGACCGCGUAGAUCAUAUCCUGGUACAGGAGCUCCAUGAGGAGGAGGCACAGUGGGUGAACUAUGAUGAGGACGAGUUGUGUGUGAAGAUGCAGCUGGCUGAUGGGCUCUUUGAGAACUUGAUCAAAGACACUAUUGAUACUCUGAAUCAGAUCAGUGAAAAACAGGGGAGAAUGCUACUUGUGUGACAUCUUGCAAAUAAACCGAACACUGAGUGCUAAUAUGAGUCCUGGGCCUUUCUGCCUUCUGAUACACACCCCAUCUCCAUGAUAGCAAGAGUACUUCUGGACUUUGUACCUGUUCUUAUGGACUGCUUGUGUGGAAUUCAUGGGACAAUGCAGUAUUUCAGCCUUGUCUUUACAGAGUGACCACUGGAUUUGUUGGGUGUUCUCAGUGGGCAGGGUAACACUCCUGAUGUUCAUCCUAAACCUCAUGUUACCAUGCUACUAGAUCUCAGGUGAGGGCUGGGAUUACCAGACUUACCUUUGAGCAUAGACAAGGGUAUUAUUUCCUCGAGUAUGAAGUCAGGAGAGGGUAUACCGAUAAAUUCAUCAUUAACUGUUUGAAAUGUAUUCAUGGUCUCUACCACAAAAGUCAUAAAUGGAUAGUAUAGUCUCUAAACAGUAUUAAACCCUAACUACUUCUAAACUAGGCAAAUUCAAGAUUUAUCUGCCUAUUUCCUGUUCCAGAGUUUAGCUCAUUUCUUUUGGAAGCCCAUUUUCUUUAUUAUUACAGUUAAGCAGCACCAAAUGGGCUAUCAAGUAGCCUUGUUUCUGAGCAGAAUGUAAAGAACUGUGACUCUUAGCAUUGUGUUCAGUUUUCUCUCUGGGCAUGAGAUCAGAGAAUGCCCCCACCGAGGUUUAGGCUCCAGGACUGCUGCAGGGCUGCCUCCUCUCCCCAUUCUCACCCCUGCUCUUUUCUUACUCGUCCUGAACCUCUACCAGCUGCUCUCAGAAUCACAGAUACUCAGGACCAUCUCAGGCAUCCAGGCAUGGCAAAAGUGGAAAUCAUUCAUUUUGGCCUUCAAACCUUCAACUCCCAUUUCUCCCCAAGAAGUCAGAGAUGCUGUUACUUGAAUGAUUUAGGAAAUGAGUGUGUGCACCAAAGACAAAAAAGACAUUGUCUAGAGUUUGUGUGCUUGUUUUGUGCUUGGAACAUUUUUUAAUUUAUUUUCGGGUAAAUUAUUAAAUUGAAAAUGUGUGUCCCUGUUCAGAAGUGAAAAGUUCUUGUAAUAGUUAAACCUCCGUCUUGAAGCUUUUAUGGUUCCUAGUCUUUGCACAGGAAAACAGUGGUUUUAACCAACCCAUACACAUCAAAGAAGUCAGUUCAAUUCAGUGAGUGAAAGAACAUGAGUUUCCAGCAUGACCUGCAGUCGCAAAAGCAGGAGGAAAUGAUAGAAAGACACGAUAAAGUGUACUCCCGCCUCUCUGCAGCAUUGCUUCUCACAACUCUUACCUGUAUCUGAAAAAAAUCUUUAGACUCCAGCUGCUACAUUAGAGCACAGCAGAUGCGCUCGUGGACCUCAGUACCUGCCUUCCUGACUGGCUUCUCCUCCCAGUCCAGUCCCUCUUCAAGUAAUCCAGAAGAAUGUGGAUAAUCUUAGGCGUGAAUGUAAAUGCCUUAAUCUUGAAGGUCUUGAUUAGAAGCAUGAUAUAAAACAUCCACUGGAUUCAUAAAUGUUCUGGAAUGUUAUAGCUUCAAAAUAUGUUAGAAAAACCCCAAAGAUGGUAAAAUCUUUAAUUGUGCACAUUUGUCCAUUUCUGCAUCUUCCUUCCAAACUUGCCUUUGCGUCUGAAAUGUCUCACUAUGCACACUUCCAUUCUUUUCAGCUUCAUCCUGUCAUUAUAAGAAACUUACUGAAAUAAUCAUUGGACUAUUUGCAUUUUGCACAAUGACUGGUGUGAAUAGCUCUUGACAAAUAAGGAAAGCACUGAAAUGUUGUGAUUGGGUCUCGGGAAAUGCUCAGAUUGAUGUGUUACCAGCAUCUCUUCCGAGCCAUUGAUGUUGAAGCUAUAGUCUUGUAGCCAUAAUGAGCAGGUUGACUAGAAGAAGCAAAGGUUUCUUGGGGUUAUUAACUAGUAGUGUGGAAAUAUUCUUUUCAUGUGGCCAAGGAAAAGCAAAGAUGUUUCUUUUCAGUUCAUAUUUGAAAGACAGAAAAUAUGUUGUCUACAUCCUUUGGCUGUUUGUAAGAUCACAUUGUCCUUAUGAUUCUGAAACUUUACAGCUGCUAUAAAUUUUUUAUAAAUGAAUAUCAAAAUAGUAUAAUAGGAAUAUAGGUUGUUUUUCUACAUCUUCAUUGUUUGGAACUAAAAUCAGUUUUUAAUAAGAUAGUUUAUCUUUACUGUUUAUAUAACAUUAUGAUUCCAGAAAAGGAAAAUAUACUGAUAGGUGUGGAAUCAGCAAUCUGGGAAGACUUGCUGCCAGAAAUGUGGUGGCAGCAAUCCUAGCCUGUUACAGCUGUCUUUAUCAUUCGAGCAUCCUGGGUUCCAUUGAGAGGCAGGAAUGGAUUAAUUUUAUUCUUCACCAGAAAUUGUUAUCCAUAGUUUGGUAGUGAAAACAAAAACAAAAACCGGUAUUGUAUCUAACAGGUUUCUUAAUAUUUUAAGUAUUUGGAUCUAAUUGAGAUGGAUUUCUAGUGAGGAGUAGGAAUGAUAAAUACUGAAACCUAACCACUCAUUCCCUAUUGGGAUCUUUUGAAUCAAACUCUGCCUCUUAACCAAGAACCUAAAUAUUCCCUCUUUCUAAUCUUUACUCCCUUUUUUCCCUAAACCCAUCCUCUUUCAGUCUUUCUUCAUAAUCCUCUAAGAAAAAAGAUCUUUACAUCAGCAGUAAUAUCUUUUAGAAUAGCACUAUCAGAAUUUAGUCGUAAACCAACUUGUAGGCUUCAGAUUUACUUCUGAGUCCAAAAUAAUUUGUGCUAUCCAGGGCAGUUAACUCUGGGUUAAAUAAGUACAGGGUAUAGAUUCCCUUUUCAGGUCUAAACAGGAAUUUUUACUGUAGGGAAAAGUGGGAAGAGCUCAAAAGUAGUUAAUAAGGAAGGUAAUUUGUUUUUCUUUUACCUAAAAGAAAAGAAAAUUCCUUCUGUGACUACAGGUCUCUGAGAAAUUAUCUUUCAAGAGAUUUUAUUGCUCAUAAAGAGUGUUGUGGCCUAUUGAUAAAAACAAUUUUGUUCACUUUCUUGUCUUGAAAAAAAGUGGCCUUAGCUUUUUGCAAUACUUGAAUAAAGUGUGUACUCGCAAAAGAAUUUCUGUAGCACAGCAUUAGAGACUCAUAACUUUUCUGCAAGAAAUUCAAACUUACAUCUUCCUUUUACUACCUUAAGAAUACUAGUGAAUAAAACAUUAAUUCAAAGAGCAAGUGGUAGAAACUACAAUGAUGUUUAAUGCAAAUUGUAGGAAUUUACAUGUUUACAAAUCAUCUUAAACUGGUUGUGCAGCAAUUCAAUAAAAUAUCUUUGUAUUUUAAAAAAUGUGAAGAAAAAUGUAAACUGAUGUAAAGGAGGUACUGUCAUUUUAAUUAACCUAUAUUUAAUAGCUUUUCCUUCUGGACUUUGCAAAGCCUUCUUGGUAAACACAUUGCAAAGCAUUACCUGGGGGGCUCAGCCUCCUCGUGUGUACUGUACUGUGCAGACAUGAAAAAUAAACCCGUUUACUGUGUAUGUGUAAAUAGCCUGGCCGGCAGGCCAUUUCCAGCCAAUAGUCACAUCCAGUGCAGCUCUGCACAGGAGACUAAGGGUGUGGUUUGUAAGUAUGAGCUGUAAAAUAACUGGGAUGAAUUCCCAUGUACACCUGUGUAAAUAGAUUUGUUAACUAAAAUGUACUUUAAGAUAAAAAUCUGUAAAUAAAUGAUUUAUAAAUUAA